CUAAGAGUUUGAAGAUCAACUUGGCACAUAGAGAUAAAAAUAUGGGUGUUUCCCUUCUUAAAACCCCAUUCUUCCUUUUGUCAUUGGUCACCUUUUGCAUCAUUGAGCAUGCUCUGGCGGCUGGCACUACUAGACACUACCAUUUCCAAAUAAGGCAUCAAAAUGUGACUAGACUGUGCCACACAAAGAGUAUGGUGACAGUGAAUGGACAGUUUCCAGGGCCUCGCAUUGUAGCAAGGGAGGGAGAUCGUCUUCUUAUCAAAGUCACCAACCAUGUUCCCAACAACAUCUCCAUCCACUGGCACGGCAUAAGACAGCUUCAAUCAGGGUGGGCUGAUGGGCCAGCAUAUGUGACUCAAUGCCCAAUCCAAAGUGGUCAAAGUUAUGUUUACAAUUACACAAUUAUUGGGCAGAGGGGCACACUCUUUUGGCAUGCCCACAUUUCAUGGUUGCGAUCAACUCUUUAUGGUCCUCUCAUCAUUCUUCCAAAGCUCAAUGCUCAAUAUCCUUUUGCCAAACCCCACAAGGAAGUUCCUAUCAUAUUUGGAGAAUGGUGGAAUGCAGAUCCUGAGGCAAUCAUAAGCCAAGCCCUGCAAACCGGUGGAGGACCAAAUGUGUCUGAUGCCUACACAAUUAAUGGACUUCCAGGGCCAUUGUACAACUGCUCUCAAAAAGACACAUUCAAGCUGAAGGUGAAGCCAGGAAAGAUUUACCUUCUACGUUUGAUCAAUGCCGCACUGAAUGAUGAGCUAUUUUUCAGCAUUGCAAAUCACAGCCUCACAGUGGUUGAAGCAGAUGCAGUUUAUGUAAAGCCCUUUGUGACCAAUACCAUCCUCAUAACCCCUGGCCAAACUACCAAUGUUCUUCUGAAAACCAAGUCUCACUACCCCAAUGCCACAUUCCUCAUGACUGCUAGACCCUAUGCUACUGGCCUUGGCACAUUUGACAACUCAACCGUGGCUGGCUUAUUAGAAUACAAAACUCCACCUAAUACUCAUCAUUCGGCUUCCUCUCUUAAGAACCUUCCACUCCUCAAGCCAACUCUCCCUGCACUCAAUGACACUUCUUUUGCCACAAAAUUCAGCAACAAACUCCGAAGCUUAGCAAGUGCAAAGUUCCCAGCCAAUGUACCCCAGAAAGUUGAUAGGCACUUUUUCUUCACAAUAGGCCUUGGCACAACACCCUGCCAGCAAAACCAAACCUGUCAGGGUCCUAAUGGAACAAUGUUUUCAGCAUCAGUGAACAACGUGUCUUUCAUACAACCAACCACUGCUCUUCUUCAAGCACACUUCUUUGGGCAAUCCAAUGGGGUAUACACUCCUGACUUCCCAACCAAACCAUUGGUUCCAUUCAACUACACUGGCACCCCACCAAACAACACCAUGGUGAGCAAUGGAACAAAGGUUGUGGUUCUUCCCUUCAACACAAGUGUAGAGCUUGUGAUGCAGGACACCAGCAUUCUUGGUGCUGAAAGUCACCCUCUCCAUCUGCAUGGCUUCAACUUCUUUGUUGUUGGUCAAGGUUUUGGCAACUUUGAUCCAAAUAACGACCCUACAAACUUCAAUCUUGUUGAUCCUGUUGAAAGGAACACUGUUGGUGUCCCAUCUGGGGGAUGGGUUGCUAUCAGAUUCCUAGCAGAUAAUCCAGGGGUAUGGUUCAUGCAUUGUCACUUGGAAGUGCACACAAGCUGGGGUCUUAAGAUGGCAUGGGUGGUGUUGGAUGGAAAGCUCCCUAAUCAGAAGCUGUUCCCUCCGCCAGCUGAUCUUCCCAAGUGUUAAUAAAACCUCAAACUAGUUGCUUUAUUUUGUUUCAAUAUUCUGGUUCUUUUUUGUUUCAACUAUGAGCAACUGUUUCUAACCAGUUGCUUUCAUUUUUUUUUUCUUUUUUAUUUUUUCAUUUUUGGGUGAAAGAGAGUUGAGGCUUGGCUUC